CCUUUUAUUUUGAAAUACUCGACCCGGAAACCGACACUGUUCCUCUUCUUCUUCCUCCCUGUCCUCCUGCUGUGUCCUGGACACACUUCAUCAUGGCUCAGGCUUUGCAGAAACUCGUUGCUAAAGUACCUACUUUAGUCGGAGCCGCUGUCACCUACUCCAGACCUCGACUAGCGACCUUCUGGUACUACGCCCGGGUGGAGCUCGUCCCGCCGUCCCCGGCUGAGAUCCCCAAAGCCAUAGAGGCUGCAAAGGGGCUCGUCAAGAGCUACCAGUCUGGACGUCUGGGACAAACCACAGUGAAGGAUGCUUUCAGGAAUGGACUCGUGGCCACUGAGGUGCUGAUGUGGUUCUACAUUGGAGAGUGCAUCGGCAAAGGAGGCAUUGUUGGAUACGAUGUCUAAAUAUUGUAUUGUUCUUUGUCUUUCCCUUUGCACUUAUAACUGUCACAUUCUCAACAACCUGCUCCAAAUUCUAAAAUAAACAGAUGUCUAUAGUCAGAUA